GAACAUUGUUGGUAAACAAACAUCGACACUCGGCGCAGGAGGUCUCUCAGCAGCAGCACGUAUCCGGCGCUCUAAAGCGGGAAUACCUAAAGUCGGAAGACUCUCUGGAAAUUUUCGGAACCGCUGGCGAAAUGCUCCCUCUGUCGCUCCUGAAAACCGCUCAGAACCAUCCCAUGCUAGUCGAGCUCAAAAAUGGGGAAACGUACAACGGUCACUUGGUCAGCUGUGACAAUUGGAUGAACAUCAACCUCAGGGAGGUGAUUUGCACGUCAAGGGAAGGAGAUAAAUUUUGGCGGAUACCGGAGUGUUACAUCAGAGGCAACACCAUUCGGUUCCUCCGGAUACCCGACGAGGUGAUUGAAAUGGUCAAGGACGAUAUGCACAAUGGGGGCGGAGCGCGAGGUGGACGCGGACGCGGAAAUUUCCGCGGAAGAGGCGGUCAACGAGGACGCGGAGGAGCCCCGAGAGGUCGAGGGAUGUAA